ACCAAAACUAAAAGAGUGCGCUCGUGGACAAAUUUUAGGCUAUAAAAUGGAGACGAAGGCGAUUGGAUUUCACCACCUUUCUCCACCACAAAAUAUUGUGUUAUGGCUCCUGAUCAAUCUUAUCAAUAUCCAUCUCCUUCGUAUGAAUCGAUACAGACCUUUUACGAUACCGAUGAGGAUUGGCCGGGUCCUAGAUGCGGCCAUACUCUCACGGCGGUUUUCGUCAACAAUUCCCAUCAGCUUAUCCUCUUCGGCGGCAGUACUACUGCCGUCGCCAACCAUAACUCCUCCUUACCCGAGAUCAGUUUAGAUGGCGUCACCAAUUCGGUCCAUUCUUUUGAUGUUUUGACCAGGAAGUGGACAAGGCUUAAUCCGAUUGGUGACGUUCCGUCUCCCAGGGCUUGUCAUGCUGCCGCUUUAUAUGGCACCUUGAUCCUUAUUCAGGGUGGGAUUGGUCCAUCCGGACCUUCUGAUGGAGAUGUCUACAUGCUUGACAUGACUAAUAACAAGUGGAUUAAGUUUCUGGUUGGAGGGGAGACUCCAAGCCCUCGCUAUGGCCAUGUUAUGGAUAUAGCUGCUCAGAGGUGGCUUGUCAUAUUCAGCGGGAAUAAUGGAAAUGAAAUUCUGGAUGAUACAUGGGCAUUGGACACGCGUGGACCAUUUUCAUGGGACAGAUUGAACCCGUCUGGCAAUCAGCCAAGUGGGAGAAUGUAUGCUUCAGGUAGUUCUCGAGAAGAUGGUAUUUUUUUGCUCUGCGGUGGAAUAGAUCACUCAGGAGUGACACUGGGAGAUACUUACGGGCUGAAAAUGGAUAGCGAUAAUGUUUGGACUCCUGUUCCAGCUGUAGCUCCUUCCCCGAGAUAUCAACAUACUGCGGUUUUCGGAGGUUCAAAACUGCAUGUCAUUGGGGGUAUACUGAAUAGGGCUCGCCUAAUCGAUGGUGAAGCAGUUGUUGCUGUGCUUGAUACUGAGACUGGUGAAUGGGUAGAUACCAAUCAACCAGAGACCUCUGCGAGCGGCGCCAAUAGACAAAAUCAAUAUCAACUUAUGCGACGUUGUCACCAUGCUGCUGCAUCGUUUGGCAGCCACCUAUAUGUGCAUGGCGGGAUUAGAGAAGAUGUAUUGCUCGACGAUUUGCUAGUUGCUGAAACAUCCCAGUCUUCAAGUCCUGAACCAGAAGAAGAUAAUCCUGAUAAUUAUAUGUUGCUCGACGACUAUCUAAUGGAUGAACCUAAGCCUUUAAGUUCUGAACCAGAAGCUUCAUCCUUUAUAAUGAGGAGCACAAGUGAAAUUGCGAUGGAUAGAUUGGCAGAGGCACAUAACUUACCAACUAUCGAAAAUGCUUUUUAUGAUAGUGCUAUUGAAGGAUACGUUCCACUUCAACAUGGAGCUGAGACGGUUGGAAAUCGAGGUGGCUUGGUGAGAACUGCAAGCUUGGAUCAAUCUACUCAAGACUUGCAUAAGAAGGUCAUUUCGACACUGUUGAGACCUAAAACCUGGACGCCUCCUGCCAACAGAGAUUUUUUCUUGAGUUAUUUAGAAGUUAAGCAUUUGUGCGAUGAGGUAGAGAAAAUAUUUAUGAAUGAACCAACACUUCUUCAGCUCAAAGUUCCAAUCAAAGUCUUCGGCGAUAUCCAUGGACAAUACGGGGAUUUGAUGCGUUUAUUUCAUGAAUAUGGACAUCCUUCAGUGGAAGGAGAUAUCACCCAUAUAGACUAUUUGUUUUUGGGAGAUUAUGUUGACCGUGGACAACACAGCUUGGAGAUCAUCAUGUUGCUGUUUGCUUUGAAGAUAGAAUAUCCGAAGAACAUCCACUUGAUUCGUGGAAAUCAUGAGUCUCUUGCAAUGAAUAGAAUUUAUGGUUUUCUUACAGAAUGCGAAGAAAGAAUGGGCGAGUCCUAUGGGUUCGAAGCAUGGUUAAAGAUUAAUCAAGUUUUUGAUUAUCUUCCGCUUGCUGCACUUCUAGAAAAGAAAGUUUUGUGUGUCCAUGGCGGAAUUGGGAGGGCAGUUACGAUCGAAGAAAUUGAAAAUAUCGAAAGGCCGGCAUUCCCGGAUACUGGAUCAAUGGUCUUGAAAGACAUCUUAUGGUCAGAUCCUACGAUGAAUGACACUGUUUUGGGUAUAGUAGACAAUGCCAGAGGAGAAGGUGUUGUCUCAUUUGGGCCUGAUAUAGUCAAGGCAUUUCUAGAAAGGAAUGGUCUGGAGAUGAUACUAAGAGCACACGAGUGUGUUAUUGACGGCUUUGAAAGAUUCGCUGACGGACGGCUUAUAACAGUCUUUUCUGCUACAAAUUACUGUGGAACUGCACAAAAUGCGGGAGCAAUAUUGGUAAUUGGUAGAGAUAUGGUAAUUUAUCCUAAGCUGAUUCAUCCUCACCCUCCUCCCAUCUCAUCUUCAGAAGAAGACUAUACAGACAAAGCAUGGAUGCAGGAGCUGAACAUCGAGAUGCCGCCUACUCCAGCUCGAGGGGAGUCAAGUGAAUAAAGGCAGAUAUUUGGUAUAGAAGUUGUGCGGUUGAAGAGGUGUAAAUGUUUCAUUUGCAAGCUGCACAAGUGUACCGGAACCUUUUUCUUUUCAUUUCUUUCUAUUUUGGUAUUGGCAGAGGACAAUUUUAAAAGUGAUUUUCUUUAAUAUACUUAAGUUUGGAAAACAAUUGUUCAUUAUUCCAUUUUGCCUGAUUUAUUUCUACUUUUAUAAUUUUAAUAAAUGGUUAUGAGGUUGAAACUU